GCAUGAGCUGGACGAUCGAGGACCGAGGACCGAGGAGAGAGGCCGUAUACAAAUAGAGCUCUGGCCUCGGAUGGAGAGAUGCAGAACAUGAGCUCCAUUCAGUGGCAUAGAGCGCAGAGCUUGCUGUUUGGAGAGGGCUGGAAGAAGCAUGUUUUAGUGCUGCCGCCACUGCCGCUGUUGCUGCGAUCGUGGAGAAGGCACAUGCCUGCAUAAAGAGGUGUGAUUGUCUGAAAAUGAGACUUAAAGCUUGUAAACGGGAAAACGUAGGUCCGACACAGAGACCUGACAGCAGCGUCCCUCAUCGCCAGGGCCACACACACACACCUGCGGGCGGCAAGAGAACGAAACAUGAAAAAGAUAUACAUUGGAAAAACGGCGCUCAAGUCCACGCGGAAUGGUUCUAAGCACCAGAAACGAAGCUCUCUGCAGGAGCAUAAAGAGGACCUGCGCAAGCGGCUUAACUACACCACCCACAAGCUGGAGCAGCUGGAGACGGAGUUCGACUCCACGCGCCAGUACCUGGAGACGGAGCUGCGUCGAGCUCAGGAGGAGCUGGAGAAGUUUACAGACAAGCUCCGCAGGAUCCAGAGCAGCUAUGCAGCCUUACAGCGGAUCAACCAGGACCUGGAGGAGAAGGUCCGCCACACGAAUCAACACCAUGAGGAGGAGAAGAGGGCCCUCAGUCGCGAGAUCAUCGUCCUCAACAAUCACCUGAUGGAAGCCAAAAUCACCAUUGAGAAGCUCAGAGAAGACAAUGGGCUGUACCGCAAGGACUGCAACCUGGCCGCUCAGCUUCUCCAGUGUGGAAAAUCCCAUUACCGAUCGCACAAGCUAUCAGAGCUCCCAGUUGACUUCCAGGAGCGCCUGAGUUCGCACAUGGAGAAACACAGCCGCGGGCGGACGGUGGCGUUGUGCCCCUCCCCUUACUCAGAUGCUUCGGUGCCCGUCUCAGUCAUCGGCAAGGUUCUGGAGAAGCCAGAGCCUGGAAGCAGCUGCCCAGUGACGCGGUCGCCGAGCCCGCAGCCGCAGGACACAGACUUCUACGGCUCCGCCGGUGACGGUGUUGGGGGCAGUACUGGAGCAAGGGGACGAGAGGGGAGAGGAGGAGGAGGAGGGGAGCACCUUCACCGCCGUGCGGCGUACAAAACGUCGGACCUGUACUGCAGCGACACGGCGCUGUACUGCCCGACGAUGGACGACCGUCGGCGUGAGCGCUGGCAGGAGCGGCGGCAGAGUGUGGACGUGCAUGGCAACGAGCCCCCAGGCCUGCAGCAGCUGCUGCACACGCAGAACUCCACGGACAGCAACCCCGACGAGGACGACGGCAGCCUGAGCGCCGGGGUCAGCGUGGGCGUGGGGAUAGGCGUGGGCAUGGCCGGGUUCCACCCGGGCUUCCAGCACCACCACUCCUCCUCAGCCUCCUUCCACGACUUCGCCACCGCCGGCUCGCUGCCGGCUUCCAGCUCCUACUCAAGCUUCAGCGCCGCUUCGGACGAGAAGAUAGCCAGUGUCGGGGGCAGGGGGGGCCUGGGCGGCACGCUGUCCUCCUCCCAGCAGGUGCUCUACCGCGACUGGCGGGAAGACGGGAGCAUGGACUACGAGCGCAAGAGCACGUCGUCGUACGAGAAGGACAGCCCAGGCUUCCCCAAGUCCCGUAGCUUCCAGCACAUGGCGCACCACAGCGGCAGCCCACAGAAUGGCGGCAUCAGCGGCGCUACUGCCUCGUCUGGCUACACGCGCACGCCGUCCUGCUUCAGUGAGCCAUACCACUCGCCGCACCUGCCGUCCCGCAACGCCAGAGGCUCAUCGGCGUCAGGGGGCGCGCUCCACCGAGAUGGCCGCGGGAGUGCCAACGUCGGGGUGGACGUCCACGCAGCUGAGGACGAUCUGACUGGCCGCUGGCGCCAGCUGAGCGUGGACGAGCUCAACGCCUACUCGUACCGCAGCCCGGGUGGAGGCGGUGGAGGGGCCGCGAGCGGCCGAGUUUCGCCCUACAGCUUCUCGGAGCGUCACUUCGCCAUGGGCCCCACCAAGAUCAAGGUGGGGCCUCUCUACAGCAGCUUCCAGGAAGGGGACGACACCGUCUUCCACGGCCGCAUGCUGGACCCGUGCUUCUCUCAUGCCGCUGCCGCCGCUGCGGCUAGUCCGAGCCCGAGCCCCAAGCUGCCCCACCGUAGACAAGAGAAGGGUGCCCUCUACAGGGCAUCGAAAGACGAUAGCCAAGAGUCCGAGGGCAGCAUCUUCCACUCCGGCGGCUCGAAGGACAAAGGUGGAACCCCCAGGAGUGUCAAGAAGGAGUACGUGGACAUGAGUCUGAACAGCUCGGCCGAGUCUCUGCACCAAAGCCCCCACGAUGCCUCAGCCUCCUCCUCCAGUGUGCAGCAUUAUCAAAGGGAACCUCCUCCCCACCCACCCCCCUCUGGACCCCCCCAGCGGCACACGCCUACACAGUACCAAAAAUUUGGCAACACAGGACUCAGCCGAAAAGACAGUCUGACUAAAGCUCAGUUGUAUGGGACGCUGCUGAACUGACCAGAGAAGUGUUUCUGAGGACGUGAACAUAGGAGUCUGUUGAGACUGCCCUAGCUCGGCUAACUUUGGUUUGGUAAUACAGUUGAUGAUUUCUCUUGGUUGUGGUUUGGUAUUAUUAAGGUUAACAAGGCUCACUACUGUACGUCACUGCUCAUUAGGGGCCCUGUAUGUUGUUGAUGGCUAUGAAGGAAUUCAGUAUCUGACAGACAAAUCAUCCGCACACAGUUAGCUUUCAAACAAUUCCACCCUUCCACCCACAUACCUUAUAUUUAAAAUGUUACUUUUCCACACAUAUUCAAAUAUUGACGUAGGUUUUUCCCAUCCAUUGUUCUGGCCUGCUACCCACUAACUUAAGUAAGUAUAAGUAUAAGUAUAAGUAUAAGUAUAUAUACUCCCGUGAGGGAAAUUUGGUCUCUGCAUUUAUCCUAAUCCGUGAAUUAGUGAAACACACACAGCACACAGUGUACACAAAGUGAGGUGAAGCACACACUGAUCCUGGCUCAGUGAGCUGCCUGCAUCAACAGCGGCGCUUGGGGAGCAGUGAGGGGUUAGGUGCUUUGCUCAAGGUAGUGUGCUUUGCUACACUACAUUUAGUGUACUUCAGCCGUCCCUACUGGUCGGGGAACCGGCAACCCUCCGGUUACAGGUCCGAAGUGCUAACCAGUAGGCCACGGCUGACCCCAUAACUUGGGCAAUGGACAAUUAUCAUUAUGUAUACUGUAGGGCACCAUAGAAUCCAUACUUUACUUCCUUAAAGCAACACCAAAGAACUUUCCCUCUGUCGCACGCACGCUAUUUGUUUAUCCAGCACCGGCUUUGCAAAUAACAUGUCCACAGACAAGGUAGAAUAUUUUG